CCUGUAUAUUGUAGAACACAGCAGCAUGGACCUGGAUUCGGAAGACACGUUUACUGGGCACAAGUGCUGCGAGUGUAUGAAAGAGUGUGUCACCUGGCUGUCUCUGGCUGUAGUAUCACUACUCGCAAGUUUCUUCCUCGCCUGGCGUUUGAAGUCGAGGCCCUUGAUGGACCUCAGCCUCUGCACGUCUCCAGAAUGCCUUGAGCUCGAUACUUCCAUGCAGGCCUCUCUAGGCAAUUACAGGACAGCCUGCGACGACUUCUACGGCUACGUCUGCUACGCCUGGAACCACAGUGACGCUUUUCAGGGAUCAGUGCUCAAGCAUGUGGAGCUCGGAGCGAGGCAAUAUGUAGAAGCCUUGGAGGAAGAAAAUGGCGCUCUGUUUGGAGGAAUGCAUCAUAUGUUCAGGGCAUGCAUUGCGUUUACCAGAUCAGGUGCCAUCCGGACCCGUGACAUCCUGAACGUGAAUGAGCACAUCAACCUGACUGGUUGGCCACAGCGGCCGCCCAAGCUGAAGCCACGGGAUUUGUUUCGCUUGAUAGUCGAGGUGGACCUGCGUCACCGUGUUGGCGCAUGGGCGUGGCUAGUAAUCGACAGUUCUAACCACUCCAACACCUUGUGGACUUUCUUGGACGUACCACGUUUCCAUCCCAAGUAUUUCGACAGCAAACUUCGCUUCAAUUGGUACAUCGAAUACGUGAACGAAGUCAUGGGUGUAUUCGGGGGAAGCCGCUCUUACAGUGCUCUGGUAGCACGCAUGGAGCGGGAUGUGUGGUCACUAACUGUCAACACCACAAGUACGUACGAGCUACUGAGUUUCUCGAAGGCGGCACACGCUGCAAGUCAUGCGAAACACGUCAAGAACAUUUCCUCAUUUGAGUGGAUGCAAGCAUUUCAAAAGCAUGUCCCUGUGAAUGAUAACGCCGUGAUGCCUUUCCGCAUGGCUUUGUUUCCCAUCUUGGAUUACCUUCUGGAUGCUCCGUCAGACGUUGUGUUCCAAUAUAUAGGCUACCGUGCCCUCGGUAUGUGGGGCUACAGCCCGCAUAACCUGAACCACCUUGAAGGCUGGAGAACUAUCCUCUGGGUUCCGCCAGACCUUCGUCCGGCUCUGUGUGCACGCAUGCUCUGGGAGAGCAAUCCCGUCAUGUUUAACGCUGCCAUAGUUUCUCCUCAUUUGGCUCAGGGUGCUUCUGCCAAGAUGGUUACAGAGAACAUAAAGGCUAUUGUCCCUGGAGUGCUUGGAUUACAAGCAGGGUUUGAUGUGGGUCCAUCAUCCAUGAUUCUACGGAAGCUUUCCAAAUUAAGAACAGAAACGACCAGCGAUCUGACGUCCGGUGGUUGGCUCACCCUAAAACGCUGGUCAACGUGGCAUCCUCUGGAAGCGUCGUUUUUACUCAAUGUCCUGAACCUGCGUUCGCUGCUUACGGACCUUAUGCACGAACUAAUGGCGAAGCCGACGCCCGUGCCGCCUGACGCGCUUUGCUUCUACACUGCCCUCUACAGCAGUAAGCCCGUGGUGCGCAUCCAGAGACAGUACAUUGGAAUUCCCCUUGGAGCCACCCGUCCACCUUUAUUCCACGACGAUUUUCCUCUCGCUGUGAAGUUCGCGGGUCUUGGAACCCUGUUUGCCACGGCCCUGUUACGAAUACUGGGACCAGAAGGCGCAUCAUAUUCAAGCACCGGUGCGGACUUGCGCCCUGACAGCUGGUGGUCAAAUAGAGCGAGCCAGAGCUUCCAAUACUUGACUCGCUGCUACGGUGACCAAGGCUCGAACGAAGCCUGGCGUACACUUCUGGCGCUCAAGAUAUCUUGGGAAGCCUUUGCACGCCUCAAGAGCACCCGACACCUGGGAACUUUCAAAAAUAAGAAAGAGCUGUUCUUCGCUUCCUACUGCUAUUUCCUCUGCUCAAGGGAUGACAGCACCAGUCGUGCCAGGUGCAACCUGCCUUUGAGAAACAUUGUGGACUUUGCUCGGGUCUUUAGCUGCAGCGAUGGACAGUACAUGGCAUCGAGCAAGAGAUGUUUAAUCGAUGAACCUUCCAAUUACUCGUUAGUUGUCAACUAGUGAAACGCAUCCGUGAUCGAAUACAAUAUUUUUGUAAUGCGCACUACAAGAGCGGUUCAAAGCUUC